AUGUUGCGCCGCUCCCUACCUCCCAUGCGCGCCCGGCGUGUUCUCGCCACGCGGACUUUCUCGACGUCAUCUCAUCUUCGAGCCGACAAUGCAUUGCCUACACGCAAGCCCGUCGGUGCUUUCCGCGGGGGAAUUUUCGGCUUCCUGCUGGGCACUGUGGCUGCAGGUGCUUCUGUUUACUUCUACAUCUUGAAGGAAUACAGAGUAUCAAACGAGAUGUUGACGGGUGAUAUAUUCGCCCUCCAAAAUGCGUCACAAAAGCUAAACAAAUACAUCACCGAGCUGGAAACCAAGCUGGAUGAGCUGCAGAAAAAGAAAAAAUAA